GGCUCCUUUGGAAAAUUGCAAGACCACCAAAUAGGGAGAAACCCUUUUCUCGCCGCCUUUCUCUUGUUCUUCUUCCUCCUUUUCCUGCAACGUCGGUGCCGCCGCACGAAGACCUCCUCCUCCGCUGACUCCUCAAAACCCUAACCCUAGAUCUUAGGGCGACGAGGAGCGACCCCCAUGGCGGAUCCGAGGAUCUUCGGCGGCGGAGACGACGCCGAUCGCAGGGAACAACCCGGGCGGCGUCUCUACAACCCCUACCACGACCUCCACGUCCCGUCCCGGACGCUCUACGACCUCCCCACCGCCCCGGAGUUCCUCUUCCAGGAGGAGGCCGUCGCCCAGCGCCGCUCCUGGGGCGAGAACCUCACCUUCUACACCGGCGUCGGCUACCUCUCCGGCGCCGUCGCCGGCGCCGCCGUCGGCCUCCGCCGCGCUUCCGCCGCGGCCGAGCCCGGCGACUCCCUCAAGAUCCGGGUCAACCGCGUUCUCAACUCCUGCGGCCAGGAAGGGCGCCGGAUCGGGAACCGGGUCGGCGUGAUCGGCCUCCUCUACGCCGGUCUCGAGAGCGGCAUGGUGGCGGUGAGGGACAGCGACGAUUGGGUCAAUAGUGUCGUCGCGGGGCUCGGCACGGGGGUUCUCUUUAAGGCCGCCAACGGGCCGCGGUCGGCCGCUGUGGCCGGGGCGAUCGGAGGGCUCAUGGUUGGGGCUGCGGUCGCGGCGAAGCAGAUCGUGAAGAGGCAUGUGCCCAUUUGAAGGGUUUGGUUUCGAUCUUAAUCUCUUAUCCUCUUAUUGUUUGAGUUAUUGAGAAUCCUAAAGUAAUUUACACAUAAAUAUGUCACAUUUUUGACCUCUCUUGUAACUGCGGAAUGACAGGAACCUUCGCCAUUUCAUUUAUGUGAUAAUACUGUGAUAGAGUAGCUAUGUAUGCUUGGAGUUGAUGAUUUAUAAGUGUAUUCGUUCUUUGUUCUUCUUUCUUGUUAAGGUGGGAUCUUUAGAUUUCUUUCUAUAUUAUUAUCCUUCUUACUGA